AAGUUACUGAUCCUCGCCACCUCUGAUCCUCUGAUGAUUACUGGCCCUUGGACCUUUGGUUUCCCUCUCCUGAAGUCUACAAUCAGUUUCUUGCUUAAUGACAUUGAGUGAGAGGUUGUUGUUAUUACAACACUCAGCCAAAUUUUCAGUCUCCCUCCUGUUUGCUGAUUCAUUUGAUGCAGCCCACACCAGUGGCGUCGUCAGCAAACUUGUAGAUGGUGUAGGACCUGUACUGAGCUACACAGCCGUAGGUGUAAAGCGAGUAGAGCAGGGGUUAAGUACACAUCCCUGUGGUGCUCCUGUGCUGAUGGAGGAGAUGACCCCGAAUCCUCGGCUUUGCCUGUUGCUUGGCGGCCGGGGCCAGGGUCGAAGCGCUCAGCAGAGAUGGUGCUCAGUGUCAGAGGGCUGGUCGGAGGCUCGAAGUUUUCGGACGGACUCGGAGUUGGCUGUGGUCGGGGCUCCCAAAGUGCUGUAUCGGCAAGCUGCGGCGCUGGAGGUUCAUGGCAGGAAGAGUGUUUCCUCCUUCUACCGUCCUGCAUGAGAUGAUGGGCUGUCGGGACUUUGAGACUUUCUUUUAAACCAUGCCAUGAACUGCUCUUUAUCAGAUUACGGUAUUGCUUUGCACUGUUGAAACUAUGUGUUAUAAUUAUGUGGUCUUUGUCAGUUAGUCUUUUAUCAAUUAUGGUACUGUCUGCGCUGUUGAAACUAUAUGUUAACUAUAUGUAACUAGGUGGUUUUGUGUAGGUCUUGUAGCUUUAGGUUUGUCUGUUGGGUUUGUAGUUUCUUUCCGGGGAAUGUGCUAAGACGGUAGCACGAUAUCGAUAUGCAGCAGCCUCUCUGGACUCUGGACUGGGGAUUACCAAACAUUAUGUGGUUUUUCGUGAUAUCAUUCCAGAGAACGUUGUCUCAUUUUUUAACUGUAUUGUAUUUGUGGUUUAUAAACGGAAUCUGAGAAGCUUUUGCCAAUCUGAAUGGACUGGCGUCUACAAGUGAGGAAAUCCAGAAUCCAAUUACACAAGGGGGUGUUGAGGGCCAGGGUUUACUGAUUAGUUUUGAGGGGAUGAUGGUAUUGAAUGCUGAGCUGUAAUGAUGAAGAGCAUCCUGAUGUAAGCAUCUUUGCUGUCCAGGGCUGUGUGAAGAGCAAAGGAGAUAGCAUCUGCUGUAGAUCUGUUGCUUUGGUAGGAGCUCAUCAGCUUCAACGCCUGCCUCCCAGAGCACCUCACAACUGAGGAUAUAAAUGCCACUGGGCGAUAGUCACUUGGGUAGGUUACCACGCUCUGUUGGGGCACCGAGACGAUUAAGAUCUGGAAUUUUAAAAAGCCGAGUAGAAGUUUUCCAGAUGCAGAAAGAAGAAAGCUAGAAGGCGUUCUCAGUCUUCACUCAGCUGACUGUACCGACGCAGCAACUCCCUCCUACUUCUGAAAGGAGGCAUCAAUCAAGACGCCUUCAUCAGCGAGGAAGUACGCGGGUGAUCACACCAGUCACUUGGUGGCGGAGCCGCAGCGACUCACCACACUUGAUCCUCGGAAUCUGCCAAUAGUGCUUGAAGUUUUCCUUCCUGCAAAGGAGACGAACCCUUGCCCUCUAUUUCCCAGCUAUGGUGCCGCGGACCGGGCUGUUGUUCGGGAUCUUGAUCGCCGUUUUCUUUCUCCAGUGGGACCUCAUCUUCCUGGUGCUGUGCAUCAUUUGGUGGGCCGCCCCUCGGUGGGAUAACGGCGCAGCGGGCGGCGGUGCUUGCCCGGAGAGUCCGAUUUCUACAGAGGACGUAAACCUAGCUAAGACACAAGUGGAUACGACUGAUGGAAGUGUUCAGAGUUCAUCCCUUCAUCAGUCACUAAAGAAAGUAUUUGAUUGCAGUUACUCCCAGUUCAUCCUAUUGUGGUACAAUCCUCCCGAGGACAGAGAGGAUCAGCUACUCUACAAGGUUCUGCUUCAUGAGUUUAACACAGCCGUGGAGUACAUCGUGCGGAAGAUCAGGAAGCUGAACUACACCAGGAUAGAACUUAGAUUGAUUCAGAUCCUUACUAUCCACUUGCGAAGCGCCAAAGAGGAAAAGAAAAGAGAGAAGGUCUUCCGAACUCGAGGAGAAGAGGUGUAUUUCCUGAGAAGGAGUGCAGAAGCUCUGAUACACAAUCUGCUUCCCGAUUCGUUGUGGAAAGAAAACUGUUACCAAUAUGUGAUAAGGGAAGUUAUUGCACUGAAAAUUUUGGAGAAAACGAUUAAUAUGGUUUGUGACGCAGACUUUAUCAAUCAGUCGUUGAUUACGUUACUGGAUCAGGACUCACUUGCCUCUGAGGGAAAGGGUGUUAUUGCAAGUGUUCCUGCCAGCACUGAGGAGAAUAUUAAAAUCACUCCUGAGGGUGACAUAACCACGAUGAAAGCGGAAAAGAAACAGAAGAAAAAAGCUCUUUAUCGCAGGCUAAAAAACAGUCUCGUUAAAAUCUUCAAGAAACCCAGAAAGAAGAGUGACAUUGAAUUUGACUCAAACAUGGAUGAAGUUGAUGGAAUACACCAUAAAUAUGGAGAAAAUGACUUGAACUUCAGAUGUUCUUAUCUGCAACUUGAUGGUGAAUCUGGCGAAGAAGAUGAUCUCUCUUCCAACGAUAAGGCAUUUGAAUGGCUGAAAGAAAACAUUUUGGUUCCAAGUGAAGAACAGUCAUCGCUAAGAAACUGUAAGAUCACCAUUUCUGAGGUGUCCUGGGAUGUAAUGAAGGACCCACUUUGUACCUUCGACAUAGAAAACCUGGAAGAUGCAGAAGAAUGCUGGUCCGUGAAAAGAAAUUUCCAAGAAUUUCAGGAGCUUCAGAACAAGGCAUUCAGCUCCCUUGGUGAAAGAGAACUGCCUUCACUCAAUGGCUUGUCUGCUGACACCAUCGACAGUGAAUUCAGAGAGGACUUUCAGCGUCAGCUGAACGGGAUUUUAAAGAAAUUGAUCUCUGAUGAGUCCAUUUUGUGCAAUGAAAACGUACUUAACUUCUUCUCACCCAGUGACCGAGACUACAUUGGGCUGCUAACGUCACUGUUUCCUGAGGAGGAUGAGGAAACUGACAUGGAGAGCGAUAUUUCAGAGGGCCCAUGGGACAAGGAUCUGGAUGAUGGGGACGAUGCUGUAGGGCCUGCUAACACUAGUCCAUCAAACGUGGAAGUACAGGACACAGAUUCCGCGGAAUCACUUCCUUCCACAGUAAACAAUGAGGAUACAGAUACUGAGGGUUCUUUCAGGUCCUUGCCCCUCAGCCCUGACAAUGAAGAUGUGAAAAAGUACAGUGUUCGUCACAAAAAGCGAAGCACAAGAGUUUCUGAAAGACUUGCCGAAAUGCCUGAUGGAAUUGCAGGCCACAUCCAUAAGCUCCUGGAAGAAAUAAUAUGGAUAGAGCAUCGCAAUUUAAAGAUAACUGUUGUAAUGCAACUGGUAAAAUAUAUCCUGCCAAUGAAGAAGAAGUCUUUAAAGAAAUACCUAGACCAUUUCUUCAGUAUAGAGCAGGUAACUUGGUACAUAGAUCGCCUGAGAGAGGGAUUGUGGCCAGAUGGAAACCCUGUAUGUCCAUCUCCAAAAAGAUCUGAUGAAGAAAAAGCCUCUGCAAAAGAAAAGGCUAAAGAAACACUGCUCAGCAAAGUUCCAGGAAUGUUUCGCAAGAUGUUUUCUGGAAAUGAAAUUGUCAGCAAUCUAUUUAACGUAUUUCAAGAUACGGAAGCCAAUAAGAGAUUAGUAUAUACAAUCCUGGUGUUUCUGCUCUUUGAACUCAUCCCUGAGAUAAAGGAAUCAUGGAAAGGAGAUCCAGAGCUUUGCUUGGAAGACCUUAGUGUCGACGCGUUGAAUGAUCAAGCAUUGUGAAAAAUGCCUGGGACCCAUGACAAGUUAGCUCUCAGAAAGAUGCUUUGUCACCUGCGGUGUUUCCUCCACCAUCACUAGGUCAUCUGACCGUGAUGGAAGUGCAGAUGGUGGAAGCGCAAAUAUUUACAGUUCUAGCAAAAAAUCCAUUCUGUGACAUUGCAAGUGAUCUGUAGUUAUAGAUACUUUACCUUUCGGCAUUGUUUGUUACAAUCUACACCACAUUGGUUGACAAGAAGGCAUAGGAACAGAAUUAGGCCACUCGGCCCAUUGAGUCUGCUCUGCCUAUCCCUCAUGACAGAUUUUUUAAAUUCCUCUCAAACCCAUUAUCUUGCCUUUACCCCGUGACCUUUGAUGCCCUUACUAAUCAAGAACAAAUCAACCUGUGCUUUAAAUAUACCCAAUGACUUGGCCUCCAUGAGUGCCUUAAAGUUAGUAUUUGCACAUAGAAUUGUACAGUUAACACAAACCUUUAACCAAGGCCAGAGUAGUCAUCUCUGCCAUGUAUAUAUAGAAACAGCCUGCCUUUGUGCAGAAUUCUUCAAAGGAUCAAAAGUUAUUCCAUUCUGGAGACUCUUACGAUUGGUGUGGAUGUUCGGCUCUGGUGUCCCAGGUUCAUCUUGGCCUCUGAUUGUGUCUCUGUGGAGCUUGCACAUUCAACCUAAUGAAGGGUCUCAGCCUGAAACAUCGACUGUUUGUUCCCCUCCGUAGACGCUGCCUGCCCUGCUGCGUUCCUCCAUCAUUUUGAGUGUGUGUUGCUCAGGAUUUGCAGCCUCUGCAGAACCUCUUGAGUUCCACUUCCUGUGACUGCACAGGUUCCUGAGUGUUCUGGUUUGCCCCCACAUCCCCAGGACGUGUAGACUGGUAUUGGUCACUGUAAGCUGCCCCCUGUGCGUGGCAAUACCUUUGGCGAGUUGGUGCGAAUAUGGGAAGAAGGAAGUGGAAUUAGUGUAAUGGGUGGAGAGGUGGGGGAGGAUCAGAUUCACUUCCACGUGAAACACCCUGGUUUCCUCGGCUGUGUAAGUCCAGGGAAGACAACCUCUGGCCCUGCCAAACCCGUGAGAUUGAAGCGCAUGUGAUCCCACCCCAAACCCCGGUUUGUGCGGAUGCUGUGUCGUUCGCUACCCUGUUACAAAUUAAUGCCACGAAAUAACAGACAGUACACUGCAUAUGAUUAAAGGAAUUAUAUUUAUGAAUCUUAACUAAAGGGUUAGAAAAGAAUAACAAAAAGAAAAGGGCCCAUUCUAAUUAAACAGUCAGAUGUGCAGGAAUUGGAGCUCAUCUUGAUCUCCUCUGUCACUCACGCACUGGGUCCUCGGUCACACACCACCUUCCAAGCGUCACUCGCAAUCCAUCUCAAACAAACAGGUCUCCCACCAGAUCGUAUGCUACCACCGGUUCGCCCCAGCAUCUUCUCUCGAACAAUAGCCCAAGACCAAUCUUACUGUCCCUCACCAAGAAAACCUCCCACUAACUGGACGGCGCACAUUCCUCAUCAUCCCUUAUCUUCAACAACAACCCAAACAACUGAAAGCAGAACAGACUGAGAACAGCUUACAGAGCUGCUAAGUGAAAUACCUGCAGCUUAACAGUGAAGAUGUGAACCAGGGCACUACACAUAUAUUAGAAAUUUGCUGCUAUAUGCUGGUGUGACGUGCAACAAAAGACAAUGGCAUUCAACAAUUAUAUAAAGUUAGAGGUUAAAGUGUAGAUACAGAAUAAAAUGUAUGCAUAAAUACCAGCAUUUAUUUACAAUGUAAAUAGCUUUUAUAAAAAGUAGUUUAAAGUGUUUAUAGUGCAGUGUAGUGAUGGGGUUAAUAGAGGGGGUGUGGGAGGGAAUAACUAGAAUGGUUGAUCAGGUUAAUUGCCUGGAGAAAGAAACUUUUAAGAUGGCAUUAAUUUUUUUAUGUUUUAAUAGCCCUAUAGUGCUCUCCAGAAGGAGUGUUUAGAAAAGGCAGUUUACUGGGUGGGUAGUGUUGACAGUUAGUCGGCAGUAGUGAAGAAACUGAUUCUACUUUGUGAUAUCUUAUAACUAGAACCAUAAAACAUUACAGCACAGAAACAGGCCUUUUGGCCCUUGGCUGUGCCGAACCAUUUUUCUGCCUCGUCCCACUGACCCGCACCUGGGCCAUAUCCCUCCAAAACCCUCUCAUCCAUGUACCUGUCCAAGUUUUUCUUAGAUGUUAAAAGUGAGCCCAAAUUUACCACUUCAUCUGGCAGCUCAUUCCACACUCCCACCACUCUCUGUGUGAAGAAGCCCCCCCCCCAUGUUCUCUUUAAACUUUUCCCCCUUCACCCUUAACCCAUGUUCUCUUUUUUUCUCCCCUAGGCUCAGUGGAAAAAGCCUGCUUGCAUUCACUCUAUCUGCACCCGUCAUAAUUUUAUAUACCUCUAUCAAAUUUCCCCUCAUUCUUCUAAGCUCCAGGGAUUAAAGUCCUAAUCUAUUCAACCUUUCUCUGUAACUCAGUUUCUCAAGUCCCGGCAACAUCCUUGUAAACCUUCUCCACUCUUUCAACCUUAUUGAUAUCCUUCCUGGUAUUCGGUGACCUGAGCUAUGGUAUCAGAUCUUUUACUUAUUAGGACUUGUACAAUUGUAAAUGCCUCUUCCUUUGUCUACACAUUGACCAGGUUUCCAACAUGGUGUCUGUUUUUGGAGAGAAUGCACACAAAGGGAAAGCAACAAUAAAAUGUAUAGUCAUCAAUUCAAUGGAGACAAGGGAAAGUCAGAGGCUGCAGGAAGGGUUAGGUGAGAAUCGAUUGAGUGGUCUGUGUUGGGGAAAUGGUGGUCAAAUACUAGCCACAGUUUCAUGAGCAAUUGAACCGGAUGGAGCUGAAAGAAGUUCAGUGGCUGUCGGAUUUCUGUCCAAUAGAGUCAGUGGAAGUGAGUAGACUGUAGGAAAGACCAUGAACAACUGAGGAUAAACAGGAGGAAGAAGGUGUAAGACCACAUGGAGAAGGCAGGGCAGGAGAACAGGCUGAAGACAUCACUCAUCCAGAGAAAAAAGAUUGUGAGCUACUUGUCAACCAUCACCAGCUGUUAUGUACAGAAUUUUGUUCUUAAUAAACUCCUGAUCUUUUAUACACACUA